CACACACACACUACGAACAAAGGGACGCACGCAGUCAACUCACACAACGAGACGGACCCACACACACACAAAAUGUCCUCUGAUACACCCAGAUGAAGCACUAAUAAAACUGUGUUAUGACCCAACGAUAUGAGCACCUACUGGCACGACACAGACAGAAAGAGGGGAAUAAAGUAAUGUUAUACUAACGUCAUUAUAUAACAUUAAACUAAUGUUAUUAUGUUUGUAGAGUAAAUGGGUGGUCUGGCUGACAUUGCUUCAGCUGGAGGGGGUGGGGUGGGGGGGGGAUAAAAACCCUAAACCAGGACAAGCCCCAGAUAACUAAAUAGCUGGAACUUUGGUAGCAUCUCUAUGACUAGCCUGUUCAUAAUGCAUUAGAAGUUCAUUUAUAACGUUGUGUUGUGUGUUAUUGUGCAUUUUAUGAAACAGCGAUUAUUCAUAUAGAAUGUUACACAAACGUUUUACUCAUCGCUAUGGCAGGGUGGCCUAGUGAGGCAGGGUGGCCUAGUGAGGCAGGGUGGCCUAGUGAGGCAGGGUGGCCUAGUGAGGCAGGGUGGCCUAGUGAGGCAGGGUGGCCUAGUGAGGCAGGGUGGCCUAGUGCGGCAGGGUGGCCUAGUGCGGCAUGGUGGCCUAGUGAGGCAGGGUGGCCUAGUGAGGCAGGGUGGCCUAGUGAGGCAGGGUGGCCUAGUGAGGCAUGGUGGCCUAGUGCGGCAGGGUGGCCUAGUGCGGCAGGGUGGCCUAGUGCGGCAGGGUAUCCUGGUGGGGCAGGGUGGCCUGGUGCGGCAGGGUGGCCUGGUGCGGCAGGGUGGCCUGGUGCGGCAGGGUGGCCUGGUGGGGCAGGGUGGCCUGGUGGGGCAGGGUGGCCUGGUGGGGCAGGGUGGCCUGGUGCGGCAGGGUAUCCUGGUGGGGCAGGGUGGCCUAGAGCGGCAGGGUAUCCUGGUGGGGCAGGGUGGCCUGGUGCGGCAGGGUAUCCUGGUGCGGCAGGGUGGCCUAGUGCGGCAGGGUAUCCUGGUGGGGCAGGGUGGCCUGGUGCGGCAGGGUGGCCUGGUGCGGCAGGGUGGCCUAGUGCGGCAGGGUAUCCUGGUGGGGCAGGGUGGCCUGGUGCGGCAGGGUGGCCUAGAGCGGCAGGGUAUCCUGGUGCGGCAGGGUGGCCUAGUGCGGCAGGGUGGCCUGGUGCGGCAGGGUGGCCUGGUGCGGCAGGGUAUCCUGGUGGGGCAGGGUGGCCUAGAGCGGCAGGGUAUCCUGGUGGGGCAGGGUGGCCUGGUGCGGCAGGGUAUCCUGGUGCGGCAGGGUGGCCUAGUGCGGCAGGGUAUCCUGGUGGGGCAGGGUGGCCUGGUGCGGCAGGGUGGCCUGGUGUGGCAGGGUGGCCUAGUGCGGCAGGGUAUCCUGGUGGGGCAGGGUGGCCUGGUGCGGCAGGGUGGCCUGGUGCGGCAGUGUGGCCUGGUGCGGCAGGGUGGCCUAGAGCGGCAGGAUAUCCUGGUGCGGCAGGGUGGCCUAGUGCGGCAGGGUGGCCUGGUGCGGCAGGGUGGACUGGUGCGGCAGGGUGGACUGGUGCGGCAGGGUGGACUGGUGCGGCAGGGUGGCCUGGUGCGGCAGGGUGGCCUGGUGCGGCAGGGUGGCCUAGUGCGGCAGGGUAUCCUGGUGGGGCAGGGUGGCCUGGUGCGGCAGGGUGGCCUGGUGCGGCAGGGUGGCCUGGUGCGGCAGGGUGGCCUAGAGCGGCAGGGUGUCCUGGUGCGGCAGGGUGGCCUAGUGCGGCAGGGUGGCCUGGUGCGGCAGGGUGGCCAGGUGCGGCAGGGUGGCCUGGUGCGGCAGGGUGGCCUGGUGCGGCAGGGUGGCCUAGUGCGGCAGGGUGGCCUGGUGCGGCCAGGUGCGGCAGGGUGGCCUGGUGCGGCCAGGUGCGGCUGGGUGGCCUAGUGCGGCAGGGUGGCCUAGUGCGGCUGGGUGGCCUAGUGCGGCUGGGUGGCCUAGUGCGGCUGGGUGGCCUAGUGCGGCUGGGUGGCCUAGUGCGGCUGGGUGGCCUAGUGCGGCAGGGUGGCCUAGUGCGGCUGGGUGGCCUGGUGCGGCUGGGUGGCCUGGUGCGGCUGGGUGGCCUAGUGCGGCUGGGUGGCCUAGUGCGGCAGGGUGGCCUGGUGCGGCAGGGUGGCCUAGUGCGGCAGGGUGGCCUAGUGCGGCAGGGUGGCCUAGUGGUUAGAGCAUUGGACUAGUAACUGAAAGGUUGCAAGUUCUAAUCCCAGAGCUGACAAGGUAAAAAUCUGUCGUUCUGCCCCUGAACAGGCAGUUAACCCACUGUUCCUAGGCUGUCAUUGAAAAUAAGAAUUUGUUCUUAACUGACUUGCCUUGUUUAAAAAAAAAAAUGUACAUUUCUAUAACUUGCUAUAAGCAUGUGUUGAACCUUUUUAUCAUUUCGUUACAAAACAAAAAAAGAUGCUUUUCGUCAUCGUAAAAAACAGAGAUCUGUGAUGAACCCGCGGGCCUGCACCGUCACGUCUCAGACCUGGUACUGGAUGUAAUAAAUCGACUCAGGCCCGACUGCCACUCAUAAUGAUGGAAAACCAACCGA